CUUUUCACCUAACAGUCACCGUCAACCAACUGCCAGUCUGGUUUGUCUAAGUAACAAGUCGCUCCCCGUCAAUCGUGCUGACCAAAUCAGACCAACGGCCUAGAUCACCCCCAAUUUCUCCAAACUGCUGUACUCAAUCUUUCUUCUCCCCUCCAUAUAUUCCCCCUUCAUUUCCAGCACUUUUCUCUCUUCCCUAAUACCAAAUCAAUCCUCAAAAUCUCUGCAAACUGAGAUUUAUAUACAUAUCUGAACUUUAAUUUUCUGUAAAAUCGAAACCAGAUGGAGAUGAUCCAGUACAACCGGUUCACCGCACACCUCUUGCUCCUCUCGUUGAUUCUAGUUGUUCCCUUGGCAGUCGCCACCGACGUUCAGUAUUGUGAUAAGCAAGGUGAGUAUGAUGUAAAGGUUCAAGGUGUUGAAAUUUCGCCUAACCCGAUCGCCAGGGGUCAGCCUGCUACCUUCAGUAUCGCAGCAACAACAGGUGCAGCUAUCGAUGGGGGGAAACUGGUGAUCGAGGUUGCGUAUUUUGGAUGGCACAUUCACAGUGAGAUUCAUGACCUUUGUGAUGAGACAUCUUGCCCUGUGUCAACUGGUGAUUUUGUGGUUUCUCACUCACAAGUUUUGCCCGGAUAUACUCCUCCUGGCCCGUACUCUCUGAAAAUGAAGAUGUUCGAUGCAAACAAACGUGAGUUGACAUGCAUCGGAUUUGAUUUUAGCAUCGGGUUUGCAUCAUCUGUGGCUGAUAGUUAAACAUUAGGAUUUAGAACACACGUUAAUGGCCAUGUAAAGUACUCUAUGCUGUUAUGUUCUCUAUAUGCCUUGUUGGAUGGUUACCUGGUUCUUUAAUAAAUUGCUCGACAUUUCGUAGGA